ACACCACCAGAAUGGAAGCUUUAGCCGUCUCGUCGGAAUUAAACCGCAUGAGACUCCUAGCUAGCUAGUAGCCACCCUCGUUCCAGAAUUGCGUACCAUCAUGAGAGAAUUCAUCUCAUUAUUCGACAGAAAGUCACCUUCCUGCCAUCCGCUCCCUUGCCUUGCCAAGAGAUCGAGUGAACUGAACUUGCCGACCCUCUGAUUGAUUCGAUCUACGAUGAACGUAAAACGAAAGGAUCCAUUCCAGCCAUCGUCGGAGCUUGGACUGAACUCCAACAACAACAUGAAUGCUAGUACAGUAGACACAACCAAAGGUGACGAAGACAAAUCUAGUAUGUCAAAUAAUCACAACGACAAAAAGAGAUCCUUUGCAACCCUAUCCGACGAACGCGACGAAAAACAAGGCACUGAAUCCACAUCAUCUUUGGCGGCGCUUUCCAUUGAUCGGAAACAGACAAGAGCUCCUCCCCCAAGUCCCAUCCAGCGAGACUCGAACGAAACUCGAUUGGCGGCUUUAGCAGAAGCACCCAACAAGGCAUGGUGGGGCGAAGGACGAUUUCACUUGACGGAACCGGUCAAGACGGAAGCCGCAAUUAAUGGAUCAACACCAAAGAAAGGCUCUCGUGAGAUCAAGUAUCGUAGUUCACCCGCUACUAGUCAGAGGAGUCAGCAAGGCACUCAUGGCGAGUCCUCUUCCUUCCUUUUGUUUGGAAAUUCUUUCGAUACUCUCAGCGAGUCCGGUGAAUAUCAUGUUCAUUCAGAUAACUUUGGGGGGCAUGCGUCUCCUCGUUUUGGCCGUCUUGCCGGUCACAGCAAUCCAGGGACUCCGCGGGUGGAGAUUGCCUUGCCCGAGUUACGCCACUCCCACAGCGAGUCGGAUGCCUCGCUGGGCGAUGUUUCUCCAAUCAAAGUUGCCAGGGGCCAAGCACCAAGCAGUGGGACUCCUCCAGGAGCCACCGAUUCCUUUCAUCUUAACCUUGCCAACUCGGGCCAAUACCCUACUCGACACUACCCUCCUCGGGGUCACGGUUGGUAUGGAGGUACGAAGGCCAGUUUCCACCCAGCAGGAAUUCAACCAGCACCUCCACAGUUUGCGAGUGGGUACGCUUGGAGUCAUGGCCAUCCGCAACACCCUGGUUUUCCGCCAGAAGGUGAAAGCCAUGUGUCCAACCCUUUGUAUGUGAUUCGUUCGUGCCAGAAGGCGUUUGUCGGGUUCACCUACCUUCUCCCUUGCCUGAGGGAAACGAUGAUAUCUGUCAAUCUCAACCGAUAUGGCCACAUUCGACGCUACGAAGGAAAUCCCGAGAAACUGGAUGCUGGUUCCAUGGAGCUUGUGAUUGCAACGCGUCGGGUUGAAACGGCCAUUUGUGUUUUCGGAGGGAGUCUAAAUCCUCGGAAGUCGUCGCAGACUAGUUCCAUCUUUCGCUUGAGAGAGACUGGGUCUGCGACCCGCCAGUACGAACAAGAACUGCCUCAGAGGUACCAAGUGACGGAAAGCCGAAUUUCUUGGGACGUGGAGGCAAAUCCCCCCGUUGAACCGGCUCGAACUCCAACGAAAGAUGAAGGACUCUACACCGCCAAGGGAAGCAACGGUGCGACCAAGGGUUCCCCUCACGUUAUUGUCGUCGACGAUACUCCCGGUGGAAAGCGUGAGGGAUCUCGUCAGUCCUCUAGUCCCACUCCUUCCGCCGAUGAAAGUGACAAGAAGCAAAAGUACAGGUGCAAGCUUUGCGGCCAACCAAAGCAAAACCACAACUGCUCUUUUCGCCAAUCGCUACAACGAAGUAUUGGCGUCCAGGUUUACUCAGCCGUGAAUGCAUACACAGCUAGUGAGCCCGGCGCGGUGGCCCCCAACCUAUCAAAGAUGAAUAACUUUGUGUCAUACGAUUCGUCGGGUGGGAUCCCGAGUCACAUUGCCUCGUCUCCACCAGACGCCAGGUAUUCGGGCAUGGAUUCUGACAACAACGCAGAGCGUCACCCCAGCACUGUCACUCCACAAACUAUCCGGGAUGGUAGUGGUGGUGUUGAGGUUCAUUCUCCCCAGUCAUCCUUGUCCACUCAUAGCCAGGAAAUGUCACCCCAGGUUGCUUCAGCUUCGAGAUCUGGUCCUGGCUCUGACACCCUGGCUCCUCCAGGCAACGGGCACUAUCAUGUUCACUUUUCUCAUCCUGGAUCAGGACCUGGGGAUAAGAAACGUUCUCGGAUUGCAGAUCGACCGUAUCACCACACCUGCUUUGCUCCGUCGGUUGCCCUGAAGCCCGAACAUUACAGGGCAGUGACACCCUAUCGUAGCGAAGACAAUUCAAGAAUGGCUCCGGGGUCUUAUCAGUACGCCCGCGUACCGGUGACAUUUGCCGAACGCAAGCGCUUGAGUGAUACUUUGUUUUUCUUUUCCAAGGAGAUUCCCAGUAUGACUCGAGACUGCGGUGCCAUUCUCCGCGAGGCUCGUGAAAAAGGCGAGUGGGACCAAGCAGUUGCUGAGCUGCUAACGCAGGUCGUUGUGGGGCUCUAUUGCGGAGAAGGCGAUUCCCACUUGGAUGGUCUUCAGCAGUAUCUCUUGACCCUAGGAGUGUCAUGUUGAGGUGCUACGGUAGGGAUUGCAGGCCCCAUGAAAGCGAAACCUUGAGUAAGCAGAAGUAUAGCAUGUGUUAAGCUAUUGCAUUCCAUCACACUUCCAAAGCUAGCUUCAAAAUACAUGUAACUUUCGUGUUCUUUGAAUCUUUUUCUGGUUCCCAAAUUGGAAAUGUGGCUGCCUCCGAGUUCUGCUUACUUCUAAUAAUAGCCUCAAAUGUAAUCAUCACGUGCGAGGACAAGGAUGAAGUGCUGGUAAAUGAGUGUCUGAGCAGCCCAUGCAGCACGACAACGACGAGAGGUAGAAGGAAUAUUAGGUUAGGUUUGGUAGAUAGGUAGGUUAGUAGUCGCAACAACGAUGAGGAUGAUAUUACUUGUGUGAGUACAGCAGAACGAUGAUGGUAGCGUGGCUUGGCCGGUUGGGAUUAGACAUGGUCCAGGGGUAGCAGAUGACCUUUUGCGCAGGCACGGGGAACCUCCAAUAAAAGUGUGCCAAAAAGAUAAAGGAUCAUCUCCUCCGUCCUGAAACCGUGCCCUUUCCUUUCCUCCAAGAGCAACCCAUUGCACUCCAUGCCAUGUUCCUGCAUGGCAUGGCAUGACAUUCCGUUCCCCUCAUCAGUGUAUUCCUUGGGACGACCCUCCCUCAUCCGCCAAAUUUGUUCAGGAUAUUAGUCUUAAGCUUUCCACUAGGGGUCCGUCUUGAUGGUUCGGUCAUGGGUACAACGUCAUCGGCGGCACCAGAAGCAUUUGCGAAGGCGGCGCCAUUCUUCAAAUUCUCCCGCAAUCCCUUGUUGAGUUUUUCGGAGGCAUCUUGAUCCGCCAGCCCUCGUUCCAGUGCCCCUUUCGCUGCUGACUCUGUAACUUCUAAGCAUUGGGCAGCUAUUUGUUCUGGGUCGUCUUCUCCGUCAUUCCAUUGACGAUCCUGUUCAUCUAGGACAGCAUUAUAUGCGUCCCUUUUGUGCUCGAAGCGAGCCCAUGCUCCUUCUUCGGUCCUCAUUUCGAGUCCACGUGUUGUGUGUUCAUCGUUUUCGACCGUCUUGGCCUCCCCCGCAUCCAUCAUGAAAACCGUGUACUCGAAGGAUGCCUUUAUGUCGUCAUAAUCGUAGUGUGAGUACCAGAUCUGUUCGAUAUCCUCCUCGGUCAUCGUGUUGAGAUGAGGGAUCUUCUUAAUGUGCUUUUUCCCACUAAAUGUGAUGGACAUUCCUUUCUUUGUGGAACUACUGUUCUUCAGGAUACCCUUGGCAGGCCUGGCAGUGGGUGGAGGCGGAGUGGCCGGCAUUGUGAUUGUGGUGUAUGGUGCGUGAAGAUAAGGUCGCUAGCUAGCAGCGUCUCGUCUCGUCGUGUGUGGUUGGUUUGGCUCGGUCGGUAGGUCGGUCAGUCAGGCAACAACAAAGCAGAUGGUUCAACACGGGCAUCUACUGCUGCUGUUUGGCUCUUGAGAGUUAAUAAUAAUUGAUUAACCGAUGCUUGUGGGUAGCAUAGAGUGCACUACUGAUCGACCUGAUCUCUCUCUCUCUCUAUUAGUAAUCUCUUGAGCGAGUCUUUUCGACCAAAUACCAAGAUAGAUGAAUGAUACGGUAGAUCGGUUACCAAUAAGCAGCAGCAGCAACAAGUUACUAAAGCUGUCACAAUGUCCGUCCCUGGAGCUGGUCGUACUCUUCGACCUUGAUGGUUUUGUUGGCAGGUAGCAAGUGGUCACUGGCACGCACGUCGCGUCAAAGAGAAAUGUCCUUUCGCAUUAGCACACUAAGGAUAAGGUUUUCGUGCUGUCGUCACUCCAAGAGUCCUGCCACAAAAUGAAAC